GCAUAUGCCAUCUCACCGGCGAUUUACAUUUAAGCCGGUGGGAUGGCAUAUGGGGGAGAUAAAUCGCCCGCAACUAGGGAGAUUUGUCACGGGCGACUAAUCUCCCCAUCUGCCACGGCCCUAAGGGACACAAAAUCACACCUUUAGUGCACAUUUUCAAAGCACUUGUGACAGCCUCUGGGUAGUUGUGUUAUUAGGGGCAUAGUGUUGCACAGUCAUCAGGACCAGAAUGGAAUUCAAAAUAGGCCCUGGCAUUUUAAGUACAUAAAGGCCCAAAACAGCCCUCUAAAUAGUGACUGUCUAUGAUAGAUUACAGCAGUCCCUGUGGCAUAUGCCAGACUCCACAGAUUGCCAGUCCAGGCCUGUCAUUUAUAAUGCUAAAGGGACAGAUAGUCUAUUGGUAGGCACAGGGCAAAUAUCCUGCUGUGGUAUAUAGUGCCAGAAAGUCAUGCUGAUGGAUAAAGAUGAUAUUGGAGGGAUACACCACUGGGCAGACAACAAAUGGAAGCAUGGAGAGCUGUGGUAGGUGGAUUGCUGAUUUGGGUUGAGCUUGGGCUGGGUAAUGCAAGCUUAUUUGGGCAUAAUUAUUGCUAUGGAGGAUGAUCUGCUUUGGCAAGAGCUGAGUUCAAGUGGAGAAUAUUUGGCACGGCCAAAGCUUAACCAGCUUAACCAGAAUGCUUGAGAGUCCCGGGCCACAUGGUAAGUUCACUAUAUGACCCUACUUGGUGCAGGUAACUACAGGGAAGCAUAUAGUAAUUAAAGUGCAAGUCUUGAGUCACUGCUGAUUCUUUUUGGGGGGGGGGUAAGGGCUCACAACAUUAUUCUCUGCCCCCCAGUAUUAUGGCGCUAUUUACUGACUAUAAUUCACCAAUAUGGUACUUGUGGCCCUCCAUAUUGAUACAUAAGACAUGUAACCACUUUUGUAAAGUUACAUAAGACAUGUAUGACUAAAGCCUUCGAAAUAUUUAGUCCAUUAUAAGUUAGUUCUUGUGCUUUUUUGUGAGCAAUGCACUUGUUAUUAAGGUAUACAGCAAAGCAGUGGGUAGAAAAAUGUGUGAAAUGUGCUGGAGAGAGCCCCUGCUGUACACAAGCAACUUAAUAGAAAAAAGAAGGAUGUGGUUGAAGCUUGAGGUCAUAAAACAAGUUUUUCACCUUGCUCUGCUCACUGAUGUCUCGAUAAGUGACUCCCCCGCUCUCUAUGGCAGCACCCCUUCCCCUACUCUGCCUUCUUUUUGAGUAUUUCAGCUAACAGUCUCAUGCAGUCAUGUGAUUGUUCAUCCUCUCUCUUAGAGUGUUUUCUUAAAGGACUAGGUGGUCUCAUUUAAUUUUUCUUGAAAAAAGUAAAAAACAAAUAUUUUCUAUGUGAUCUGCCUCGGGGUCUUCUGGUGACUCUGGGAACAGGGUCUGGUAUCCCAGAUGAAUAACCCUGUUAUCCUGCAACAACAGCUUAUUAAGAAGUCCCAGCAGAAGAGAAGGACGUCCCCAGCUAACUACAAGUCCAGGAUCUUCAUCCUGACCCACUCUUCACUCAACUACUACGAGCAUCGGCAAGGGAAAAUACGUGCUCUCCGUGGCUCCAUUGACUUGGCUCGGAUUAAAUGUGUCGAGAUUGUUACCACUGAUCUCAGCAUUGCUUGCAGGAACAAAUACCCAUUUCAGGUUAUCCAUGAUUAUUUUCUGUACGUCUUUGCUCCUGACAGAGAGAGUCGUCAAAAGUGGGUGCUGGCACUGAAAGAAGAGACCAAAGACAAUGACUUUCUUGUGGCUAAAUAUCACUCCAACUUCUGGUUGGAAGGGAGAUGGAGAUGUUGCUUCCAGACAGAGAAAAUGGCCACCGGCUGUGCCUUGUACGACAGGAGCAAAGAUGUCUCAAAGAAGCCUCUGCCCCCCACACCCAAUGACAACAUGGUCUUCCAGGCGAACCAAGGCUGGGAGGUGGCACUGUAUGAUUACAAGGCACAAAGCAGCCAGGAGCUGACGCUUUGUAGAGGGGAAGAAUAUCUGCCACUGGACACAUCAGAACCUCAUUGGUGGAAAGUUCUGGAUAAAAAUGGGCACGUCGGACAUGUACCCAGCAGCUACCUUGCCAAGAAGACAGAGGACAGCUUAUUGGCUUAUAAAUGGUAUAACAAAAAUGUUAGCAGGAACUUAGCAGUAAAGUUACUGACAGACCAAGGUAAAGAAGGAGCCUUUAUGGUUCGAGACUCAAGGCAGCCGGGGUUGUACACUGUAUCCAUCUUCACCAAAGCUCUUGGAGAGAACAAUCAUGCAGUGAAACAUUACCAUAUCCGCCACACAAAUGACUCCCCAGCCAAAUAUUACCUGGCUGAGAAGCACGUCUUCAACUCCAUCCCCGAGCUAAUUAACUACCACCAGCAUAACGGAGCAGGCCUGGUGACCCGGCUUCGCUAUCCUGUGUGUUCCUGGAAGGAAACUGCUCCUGUAACUGCUGGGCUCAGCUAUGGUAAGUGGGAAAUUGACCCCACACACCUGACACUCAAGGAAGAGAUUGGCAGUGGCCAGUUUGGGGUUGUACAGCUGGCAAUAUGGCAGGGCACUACCAAAGUGGCAGUAAAGAUGAUUCGGGAAGGGAUGAUGUCUGAGGAGGACUUUGUGGAGGAAGCCCAGGUCCUUAUGAAACUUUCUCACCCUAAAUUGGUGCAGCUUCUGGGAGUUUGCACCCAACAGGUGCCCAUUUUUCUAGUGUUUGAGUACAUGAAAUAUGGCUGCCUGUUUAACUACCUGCGCAGUCAUCGAGGGACGCUCUCCAAGGAAACAGCUUUGGGGAUGUGCCAGGAUGUAUGUGAGGGGAUGCAGUACUUGGAAAGGUCCAAUUUUAUUCACAGGGACUUGGCUGCACGCAACUGCCUGGUGGGGGAAUCAUUGGUAGUCAAGGUUUCAGAUUUUGGGAUGACCAGGUUUGUUCUGGAUGAUCAGUACACCAGCUCCUCUGGCACCAAAUUUCCUGUUAAAUGGUCGGCUCCAGAAGUUUUCCGUUUUGGCCUUUACAGCAGCAGAUCCGAUGUGUGGUCCUUUGGAGUGUUGGUGUGGGAGGUGUUUAGUGAAGGCAAGAUCCCAUUUGAACACCUUUCCAACUCUGAAGCUGUUGAAAAAAUCUCAGCUGGACUGAGGCUUUUCAAACCAAAGAUGUCUUCUGAAAGAGUGUACAAGCUGAUGAACAACUGCUGGCAAGAGAAAGCAGAUUUACGUCCAACAUUCCAACAACUACUGAAAGAGGUCAUGGACAUUGCAGAAUGUGACAUGUGAUCUGCCGGCCAUGAUGGAGAUAGAGAAUAUCUAUUGUCAGCUGACUCAGUGUAACAUCACAGGAAUAUAACAUGAGAAAAAGAAACCACCAUUUCUGGGGAAUGCUGUACUUGGGGAGCAGAACUGCCAGUCACCCCAAUACUUAAUGAUAAGAUGCUAAGGGGCCGAUUCACUAUAGGUGGAUAAAACGAGUGCUAUUUAUAGCAAGCGUUAAAAAUAUUAUCACUUCUUAUUUUUUUUAGAGUAAACAAUCGAUUCACUUUAAGGACACUUGUCUGAAUUAAGAAGCAAUGUUCUUGGCGUUAUUAAUCUGACGAUGAGCGAUUUUAAGCAAUAUUUU